AGCGUCGGCUGCAUUUGAAAGACUGCAAGGAUUUGCAGAUUUGCAGAUUCAGUCUCUGGACGAAUGCAAAUACUAAGGCACUAAGUGCAACGGGUUGUUUCAAGUGUGUCUGUGUGCGGACAAGGCGUGUGUGGCUGCAAGCAGGAGGAAGGUGGCGAGGGGAGAGAUACUUACAGUGUCUUCGUCCAUUCUAGACCGCUGAAGAAUAAUCAAACAGCAGAAAUGUAUCCUGGAUCUCAUUAUUUGUCAGCCUCGUUACAUGCUGCACAGGUAUUUCCGAAGAAGGUUCAGAAAGAAGCAUCUCCUGAAAGGAUCCUACAAAGCAUUUCACUGAUGACUGGUGAGAGUUCCUGUUCCCCCUGCCGUCUGAACCCUCUGACCGGCUCGCCCUGCCUGUGCCGCCGGAGUCCCCGGCUCUUGACCAACGGCUACUAUGACAUGAGUGAUGAGAGCUUCAUGGACCAAGAAGGGAAUCUCACCCUGACUCCAUCCAAAAUCAAUAUCAGUUACAAAGAAAAUCUUGUGCGCAUUUCACUGAUGACCGGUGAGAGUUCCUGUUCCCCCUGCCGUCUGAACCCUCUGACCGGCUCGCCCUGCCUGUGCCGCCGGAGUCCCCGGCUCUUGACCAACGGCUACUAUGACAUGAGUGAUGAGAGCUUCAUGGACCAAGAAGGGAAUCUCACCCUGACUCCAUCCAAAAUCAAUAUCAGUUACAAAGAAAAUCUUGUGCGAAUUUUCCGACGGAGGAGAAAGGCUCGCCGAUCCUUUGCAAGUCUCUUCUCCAUCGAUUCCUCCAGUGCAUGGUUGAACAGAAGUCUUUUCAGCAGAUCCGACUGUCCUCUUGCAGAAUCUUCAUGGAUCGGUGAUGAAAGUGACUUUGACACCAACUUCACCAAUAUACAUGGACAAGGCAGUGCAGAUUUGUCACCGACCAAUAAAUCCUGGUUGUUAGAAGACACUCUACCCCUAAUUAAUGCUGAGGGUUACUCCACUGAAGAUCGACUGGGAGACAGGUCAGAAGGCAUCUUGGAGCUUUCUUCACAUUCCCAGAUACAUCCUGCAAAAUACUGCUUCAACAAGUCGCCCAAAAGCCCAGAUUACAUGACUAUCAAGAAUUUCUUUUUCCAUCUGAUAAUUCUGGCCCUCUCCAUAAGUAUCGCCAUAUUUGCAAGUUGCUUUCUUGGAGGAGUGAUUGCUGCAUUAAUCAUCACCAUGCUGCUGUUCACCGCUGUGCUGACGACAGCAAAGUCAGCAUAUCCCUGCUUUAUCAAAUCGCAAGAGGUCUUGCAUCUCACACAAACUGAGGAAAUCACACCAACCCAAGGCUGAAGUUUGUGAUGUGUCAUUUCAUCUUGACUCUUCCAAGAGUAAACCAAAGAAAAACUUGGGAAAAUCUGGACAUUUUUGAUCACCUGAGUGCAAAGCAUUCGGACCAAGUUGAUAUUUCGGCUUCAAGAAAACCUUUGAACUGUUUUUAGUUCCGAAGUUAAAAGAAAAGGAAGAUAAAUCAUUUCAGUAAUCAUGGUUAAGAACGAACUGCAGAUUCAGUAAUCAUGAUGAUACGUUUAAAAGAAAAGCUCAAUGUUAAAAGUUGAGUGUACAUAUUAUGUCCUUAACCUCAACUAAAGGUUCAAAGUUUGGGUCUGAUCCUGUUCCAUUCUCACACAUUUGCAUUAAUUUUUAAUU